GAUUCCGGACCUCGGAUUCCACCCGCCUCGGAGGUUUCGCCGGCGCGCGCCCGGGACGCCCCCUCCACGAUGACUGCCAGCUCCGUGGAGCAGCUGCGGAAGGAUGGCAACGAGAUGUUCAAACGCGAGGACUACAAGGGCGCCCUGACGGCCUACGCCCAGGCGCUGGAGCUGGGCGCCACGGCCGAGGACCAGGCCAUCCUGCACCGGAACCUGGCCGCCUGCCACCUCAAGCUGGAAGAUUACGACAAAGCAGAAGCCGAGGCGUCCAAAGCCAUUGAAAAGGACGGCGGGGACGUCAAAGCACUUUACCGGCGGAGCCAAGCCCUGGAGAAGCUGGGCCGCCUCGACCAGGCCGUCCUUGACCUGCAGAGAUGCGUGAGCCUGGAGCCCAAGAACAAAGUUUUCCAGGAGGGCUGCGCAGCAAUCGGCGGCCAGAUUCAGGAGAAGGUACGAUACAUGUCUUCGACGGAUGCCAAGGUGGAGCAGAUGUUCCAGAUCCUGUUGGACCCCCAGGAGAAGGGCACCGAGAAGAAGCAGAAGGCUUCUCAGAACCUGGUGGUGCUGGCCCGGGAGGAGGCUGGCGCCGAGAAAAUCUUCCGGAACAACGGGGUCCAGCUCCUGCAGCGCCUGCUGGACACAGGCGAGACCGACCUGAUGCUGGCGGCGCUGCGCACGCUGGUCGGCAUCUGCUCCGAGCACCAGCCCCGGACAGUGGCGACCCUGAGCGUGCUGGGAACUCGGCGGCUGGUCUCUGUCCUGGGCGUGGAAAACCAGGCCGUGUCGCUGGCUGCCUGUCACCUGCUGCAGGUGAUGUUUGAUGCCCUCAAGGAAGGUGUCAAGAAGGGCUUCCGAGGCAAAGAAGGCGCCCUCAUUGUGGAUCCCGCCCGGGAGCUGAAGGUCCUCAUCAGCAACCUGCUGGAGCUGCUGACCGAGGCAGGGGUCUCAGGCCAAGGCCGAGACCAUGCCCUGACCCUCCUGAUCAAAGUGGUGCCCCGGAAGUCUUUUAAGGACCCCAACAACAGCCUCACACUCUGGGUCAUCGACCAAGGUUUGAAGAAGAUCCUGGAGGUGGGGAGCUCUCUGCAGGAGCCCCCCGGGGAGCUCGAGGUGACGGCCAACAGCCGCAUGAGCGCCUCCACCCUGCUCAGCAAGCUCUUCGAUGACCUCAAGUGCGACGCCGAGAGGGAGAACUUCCACCGGCUCUGCGAGAACUACAUCAGGAGCUGGUUCGAGGGCCGAGGGCUGGCCGGGAAGCUGCGGGCCAUCCAGACGGUGUCCUGCCUCCUGCAGGGCCCGUGCGACGCCGGCAACCGGGCCCUGGAGCUGAGCGGCGUCAUGGAGAGCGUGAUCGCGCUGUGCGCCUCGGAGCGGGAGGAGGAGCAGCUGGUGGCGGUGGAGGCGCUGAUCCACGCGGCCGGCAAGGCCAAGCGGGCCUCCUUCAUCACGGCCAACGGCGUCUCGCUGCUGAAGGACCUGUACAAGCGCAGCGAGAAGGACAGCAUCCGCAUCCGGGCGCUGGUGGGACUCUGUAAACUCGGCUCGGCCGGUGGGACCGACUUCAGCAUGAAGCAGUUCGCCGAGGGCUCCACCCUCAAGCUGGCCAAGCAGUGUCGAAAGUGGCUCUGCAACGACCAGAUCGAUGCGGGCACGCGGCGCUGGGCGGCGGAGGGCCUGGCCUACCUCACCUUCGACGCCGAUGUGAAGGAGGAGCUCGUGGAGGACAAGGCCGCCCUGAAGGCUCUGUUCCAGCUCGGCCGGUUGGAGGAGAGGUCGGUGCUCUUUGCCGUGGCCUCGGCGCUCGUGAACUGCACCAACAGCUACGACUACGAGGAGCCCGACCCCAAGAUGGUGGAGCUGGCCAAGUACGCCAAGCAGCACGUGCCCGAGCAGCACCCCAAGGACAAGCCGAGUUUCGUGCGGGCUCGGGUCAGGAAGCUGCUGGCCGCGGGCGUGGUGUCGGCCAUGACGUGCAUGGUGAAGACCGAGAGCCCGGUGCUCACCAACUCCUGCAGGGAGCUGCUGUCCAGGGUCUUCCUGGCUCUGGUGGAGGAGGCGGAGGACCGCGGCACUGUGGUGGCGCAGGGAGGGGGCAAGGCCCUGCUCCCGCUGGCCCUGGAGGGCACCGACGUGGGGCAGACGAGGGCAGCCCAGGCCCUCGCCAAGCUCACCAUCACUUCCGACCCGGAGAUGACGUUUCCUGGCGAGCGGAUCUACGAGGUGGUCCGGCCCCUGGUCUCCUUGCUGCACCUCCACUGCUCCGGCCUGCAGAACUUCGAGGCGCUCAUGGCGCUGACGAACCUGGCGGGGAUCAGUGAGAGGCUCCGGCAGAAGAUCCUGAAGGAGAAGGCCGUGCCCAUGAUUGAGGGCUACAUGUUUGAGGACCACGAGAUGAUCCGCCGGGCAGCCACAGAGUGCAUGUGUAACCUGGCCAUGAGCAAGGAGGUGCAGGACCUCUUUGAGGCCGAGGGCAAUGACCGGCUGAAGCUGCUGGUGCUGUACAGCGGGGAGGACGACGAGCUGCUACGGCGGGCGGCAGCGGGGGGCCUGGCCAUGCUCACCUCCAUGCGGCCCUCUCUCUGCUACCGCAUCCCCCAAGUGACAACCCACUGGCUAGAGAUCCUGCAGGCUCUGCUCCUCAGCCCCAACCAGGAGCUGCAGCACCGGGGCGCCGUGGUGGUGCUGAACAUGAUGGAGGCCUCCCGAGAGACCGCCAGCACCCUGAUGGAGAGCGAGGUGCUGGAGAUCCUGUCGGUGCUGGCCAAGGGCAAGGAGGGUCCUGUCACGAGGGCGGCCUCGGCCUGCCUGGGGAAAGCGGUGGAGUACGGGCUCAUCAAGCCCAACCAGGAUGGAGAGUGAGGGGCUGUCUCACUCUCAUGCACACUGCGCCUCACAGCACAGGAACAAGGACACGCAGCUUUGGGGGCGUGGGGUCGGGCUUCGGGGCCUCGUCUCCCCAGCUGCCCUCUGAUGUGUGUCCAGAGUCAGGGCCACGCUCACCACAGCCCAGCACUGCCUGCAGCCUCACACAGCGGGGCUUUUCCUGUACUACUGUAUGGACGGCUGCAAAGGGUUAGGCCCUCCUCACUCAGCCCCGGCAGGGGAAGGGCGCCUGGAGCAGCCUCACCAGCAGGGGAAGGGCACGUCCAGCAGCUUCACCAGCAGUGAGCGUCACCCAAGCCUGCUAGCAGGACCGCCCCUGACCCUCUAAUAAUAAAGUGUGUGGAACUCA